UUCCGAGGCUAAUUGCAUGUGCUUCAAAUCUGCGGUCACAAUUACAAGCUUUUAACCAGACCAUGUGCUGCCUUAAGGAGUCUUUAAUUGCACAUUUUCACAAACAACAACCCUCGACCAAUAAAACACUGCCUUCUAUUUGUACAUUGUUUGGCGUCUUAAGGCCUCAUAUUACGUGAAAGAAGCCACUUAAGCCCUUUUCGGCAGCCAUUCUUUGCGUUCAGUGCUCACGCCUAGGUUAACCGCAGAUUUAGAACGACAGAAAGUAUACCUUCUCGAAAGCUUAAAAGGAAUCGGCGCCCAAACACCCUUUCGCUCAUUGUGUAAACAAGGCACACGCGCGAGAGUGCACCAUGGCACUGAGUUCACAACUACGACGUGGUGCUGUAAUUGGUUUUGCUUCAGCUAUUUAUUUCGCGGCUGAUGUGCUGCAGUUUUGUUCUUUAAGCAAUGUUUAAUUUUUUACUUACGUCUUGCAUAAUCUUUUUGAUAAGUGAAUCUAAAGUACGCUCAGUAAUUAUGGUAUAACGAAGGGGCGGGCAGGCAACAUUGAAUUGAAAUAGCAACCUCAAAGAGCUCGCGUUUUAUGUACUCAAAGGGUUUGUAACUGUUGAACGUAAUGACAGUUUUAACAAUAGAAAAGUUUAAGAAAAAUUGCUGUGAAAUCAAAGGCAUUAACGACUGCCACGGAAGCUCUAAUUUUCAAAUUUCAAACUACUUCCAAUCGCCCGUCACCGGAAAAACCUCAGCAAUAACAUCAAGUAUGCUACUACUGGCGAAGGCAGACUUGAUCACAAUACAUCUAAUUAAUGUUUCUCUUUACGUCUAAUCGCGUGUUGACAAGCGACAGUGACAAAUCGUUGAUAAAGCUGCCCGAAAAAGGAUCAUUUGAUCAGCUAGUGACAUAACAUGACUGUCACACUCUUCACACUUAAGAACCACGGCCACUCCCACUGAAACUGACACAUGUCUCGUCCAUUUCAACCCUUACGCAUAUUUUAGAGCGAGAGCUACAAUGAUCGACUUAAUGAAACCCUAAAUUCAGUACCUCUCUCGAUAGCCGGAUACUCGGUCGAAAUGAGCUCGUUUUCGAUAGACAGUAUUCUCGCUCUUGAGGAGAGCAAGUGUGGAAGAAGGCAAGGAAACGAAACUCGCAAAAAUGUAACUAGCCUGAGCCUUGAAGAACUUCGAGACCAAGGGAUCAGUACGUCUAAGUGUGAAGAACGUAACAGUAGUUCUCCAGAUUCAAGUCCAGCUCGUGGAACGGAACAAUCUUCUUACGAAGCUGAUUCUACAGAGAGACUCGAUGUAGAGGAUUUUAGCAACGAAAACGAAAAUGACCCAGAAACUGAAAUUCCCAACACUAAAAAGCGAAAACGAAGAGUGCUAUUCUCUAAGGCGCAGAUCUUCGAACUUGAGAGACGCUUUAGACAGCAACGGUACCUUUCUGCGCCAGAACGGGAACAGUUAGCUCGACUUAUAAACCUCUCUCCGACACAAGUAAAAAUAUGGUUUCAGAAUCACCGGUAUAAAUUCAAGAAGCAGAUCGGGGAUAAAGGACAUCUUGCGAGCGAGGCCUUGCCUUUCAUGAGCCCAAGACUUGUUCCCGUCCCUGUUCUUGUACAUGAAGGCCAGCCUUGUUAUAGACAUAGAACUUUAACCACUCCAAGGCAGGAAUUCAGUAAUGGAUUCUCCGGUUAUCCUCCAGUGCCUUUCCUGUACUCGAGCACCGGCGCUGUAUACAAUAAUCGCUUCUGGGGCUUUUCUUAGAUUAGAGUAAUGCUUUAGUAAAUAGCGUUCGAGUCAGUUAUUUUGACGCUACUAACGCAACCAAACAUCUAAUCCCGUUCGUGUUUAUACAACUUAGCUGUUACUCUAGGGGUUAAUAUUUCGUAUUCCAUUCAACAUUAGACGUUUUGUGUAAUACCUUCAAGAUUAUCGCUUUUUAACAUUCAAAAUUUGCCAGACAAGUCUGUGAUGAAACAGAACAGUCUGUGUUCUUAAGCUGGUGGCCCAGUUUACUUUGAAAAAGCUUUAGGGUUAAGCUUCGUUUGAAGAGUUCUUGAAGUUUCGCCAUGUGCAACACUAGCUUAUGUACAAAAGAUUACCGGUCAUAUCUAUUUGUAUUCCUGCUCAUGAAAUACUUCAUUCUCAGCCGACAAGGACUCUAAGAACAGAAGUCUUAAGAUUCUCACCAUAGGCGCGAAACAUUUGAUAAAUCCUCACUGCUGGGUGUUUAUUGUUGAGAGUUUUAUUGUCUUCAAGUCAAACUGCCCUGUGACAACGGCUCGGUUUAACAUAGAAUUGCAAUAUUUGCCGAGAUCUUGGCAAACAAGUUGUAUAUGGUCAUAAGAUUUUGUAAUCUACUAAGUAAUAUGUAAGAGCCACUGACAAACUCAGGGAUUAGGAUAUCCUUUUCUACUGGCCAUUAAAUAACAAUAAACUUCUCAGUGUACGAAAAGAAAUCAACCGGACGCAGUUUGCGCCAACAAAGAAACGAUUUUUUAUUGUUGUUAGUCUCCUUUGCGUGGGUUUCUUGGGACAUGAUCAACGUCUAUUAUAGGAUCUCAAACCUCGUUGGGAAAAAAAGGGAUUUAAAGAUGUUGGGAACGUGAUGUUAUCUCUUUAGGCGGAGCGUUGCGGCGAUUCUUAAGCUCUACGUAUUUUCGCGGUAAUAGGGAUAAGUAAUGAUAAGAGUGCAUUCGUUAUAACCUUGGUCCGGAGAGAUUGGCGCGGAACUCUAUCUUAAGUGCCAAGCGCGGCCUUCAUCUCAACUGUCGCUUUAAAAUAGAACUGAUUUGCGACUUGUUUGGACUUAUCUUUGCGGAGGAGGCGGCUAUAUCGACCAAAGCCGGGCGAGCGGGAAAACGAGAGAAAGACCUUUUCUUCAAGGGGUGCGUUGAGCAUUGCGCGCAAUAUUCAUAUCGAUGUCAACAACCAUUGUUUGACGUUCAAGGAAAAUUUCCAAAUUUGCAGCUUAACGCCAGUGUUUACAGAGCUCUGGUUUGCGUUAAAAUGAUUAACAAGGAGUUAAUCUUCAAAAUUGAGUCUUCAAGGCCAGGUUUAAGCGAUUACGCUUAGAAAAUUAGAGACAUUUUAGAAUUCCAGUGUCGCUAAGUAUUUCAAAAGGUAGCUACUUACAGUAUUGACAGGAAAAUAGUAAAUAAAGAAAUACAGUUUAAAAGUAAUAAAGGGCUUUUGUAACUCCGCUUAAUAGAAUAUACACCAAUAGUCAUUAAUUCAAGAUUGGAAUGAUAAUUUUUGCAAGAAAUAAAUCGAGAAAUCUAUGCGAUAUCUCGACAGG